AUGGCUGUGCUACGGCUCAAGAGCGCCCUUUUCCUGGGCGCUCUUGCCGGCCUGGCCCCGCUCGCCGCCGCCCAGCGCAACUACACAAGCUACUCCGAUCUCGACAUGGCGCGAGCCCAGUUGGCCCUCGAGAACUCGCGCCCAGCCGACUGUCCGCCCUGCUUCAACUGUGUCCUCCCUGCCCACAAGUGCAACCAGUUCGCGCCCUGCAACAACUACACUGGCAAAUGCGACUGUCCUGAGGGGUUUGGUGGUGACGACUGCAUUGACCCUCUCUGUGGCUCCCUCGGCGCCGGCGACAAUCAGAAACGGCCCCCCCGCUCCCCCAACGAGAAGACGUGCAGCUGCGACGAUGGCUGGACCGGUAUCAACUGCAACGUCUGUACUGAGGACAACGCAUGCAAUGCCUUGAUGCCGACUGGCGACGGCGGCGUCUGCUACCAGAGCGGCGAGGUCGUCGAUCACAACUACCAGAUGUGUGACGUGACCAACAAGCAGAUCACCAAAUUGCUCGGGACGAAGAAACCCCAGGUCACCUUCAACUGCAAGAAGGAGGACGCCCAGUGCGACUUUCAAUUCUGGGUGGACCACCGCGAAUCCUUCUAUUGCCACCUCACUGAAUGCGACUCCAAAGCCAUCAUUGACGACAGACAGAACAGCACCACCUACAAGUGCAACAAGAUUGAAUGCAGCUGCAUCUCGGACCGCAUGCUCUGCGGCGAGAACGGCUCCGUCGAUAUCGGCGACUUCCUGGACGAGGAGAUCAAGGGCCCAGCUACCUUCCAGUGCCUUCAGCAAAAUGGCGGCAUUAACAACUGCAAGUUCAAGGAGCCUGCCAUGGAUGACCUCAUUCUCAGUCUGCUCGGUGACGCGAGCAUUGAGCUCUCGUGCCGCUCCGGCGAGUGCCUGCAUCACACAAAGGUGCCCGGCUACGAACGUCCGAGGAAGAAGAUCAACACGCCACUUAUCGCAGGUGUCAUUGCCGGCUGCUCUCUCUUCCUCGUUGCCGUCAUCCUCGUCGUCUGGUAUCUCUCAAGGCGAUCCUACAGAUACGGCGCUAUUCGACUGGACGACUCGGAUGACGACAACACCCAGCUCAUGACUGACCACAAGCCUGCGUCGCUGUACUUCCAGAACGUUGCGUAUGACCUGAACGGGAAGCAGAUUCUAGCCAACAUUCAGGGUAUGGCCCACCCCGGCGAGGUCAUGGCCAUCAUGGGCGCUUCAGGUGCUGGCAAGACGACAUUCCUUGACAUUUUGGCACGCAAGAACAAACGCGGUCGUGUCUCGGGCGACUUCCUGGUCAACGGCGAGAAGGUGACCGAUGCUGCCUACAAAAACGUCAUUGGCUUCGUCGACCAAGAGGACACCAUGCUGCCGACCUUGACGGUCCACGAAACGAUCCUGACGAGCGCGCUGCUCCGUCUGCCCCGUAACAUGACCCGCGCCGCCAAGGAGCUGAAAGUCUACGAGGUUGAGAAGCAACUUGGAAUUCAUCACAUUCGCGACUCUCUUAUUGGCUCUGCCGAGGGCAAGGGCCGUGGUAUCUCUGGUGGAGAGAAACGCCGCGUUGGCAUUGCCUGCGAACUUGUCACGAGUCCCUCGAUUCUGUUCCUCGACGAGCCCACGAGCGGCCUCGAUGCAUACAAUGCCUUCAAUGUGGUCGAAUGCCUCGUCACGCUCGCGAAAACCUACAAGCGCACCGUCAUCUUCACUAUCCACCAGCCCCGCUCCAACAUUGUUGCGCUGUUUGAUCGUCUCGUUCUGUUGGCUCAGGGCAGAACCGUCUUCUCGGGCCCCUUCUCGCAGUGCCAGCCCUACUUUGAUCGUAUUGGCUAUGCGUGCCCUCCCGGCUUCAACAUUGCCGAUUACCUCGUCGAUCUUACCAUGCAUGCGAGCACCACCUUCUCGACAGACGAUGGUACCCUGAGUGCUGAUGUGGCCAGCGUUGGCCCCAGCAGCACCACGGCCGUCAAGUCCAUCGCCAGUGUCGCCGGUGGCAGCCUCGACGAAGACAGCGGUAUUGAGUCUACGAUAUCCCGUCCCAAGUACAACCGCAAGGAUUCUGUCAGAGUUCGCCAGGAACGCGAGCUCUUCACCCGCCGAAAGGGCGUUGACACGGCGGCAUCUUCGGAUGCUGGCGCUGAAGAUUCCAGCUCGUACCGCCUUCACCGACAGGCUGCAAGCAACCAGGAUGAUCUCCAUGAUCUUCCACCUGGGGCUCCCAGCGGCAGCGACCUCGAUAUCCUGGUACGGGCCUUCACCGAGUCCGGCAUCGCCGCGUCCACGUCGGAGGAGAUUCAGCAGUCCAUCACCACGGCCCAGACGGCCAACGGCCACAACUCCAACGGCACCUCCCCUGGCGGACCCAAUGUCAACACCGGCCCCAUCGGUCGAGGGUAUGCUCGUGUCGGCUACUUCCGCCAGUUCAUCAUCCUGUCGCAAAGAACCUUCCGAAACUUGUACAGGAACCCCAUCUUGAUGCUGACGCACUACGCCAUUGCCAUUCUGCUUGCUGUCUUGUCAGGCUACCUCUUUUACGGGUUGACGGAUGAUAUCCCGGGUUUCCAGAACCGCCUUGGUCUGUUCUUCUUCCUGCUUGCUCUGUUCGGUUUCAGCACCCUGACGAGCUUGCACGUCUUUGCCUCGGAGAGACUCUUGUUUGUGCGGGAGCGUGCCAACGGUUACUACGCGCCCAUCACGUACUUUGCCGCCAAGCUCGCCUUCGAUAUCGUUCCACUGCGCAUAAUCCCACCAAUCCUCAUGGGCAUUAUCGUUUACCCCAUGACCGGCCUCGUUCCAGAUGCAGCGCACUUUUUCAAUUUCAUCCUUGUGUUGGUCCUGUUCAACCUGGCCGCUGCAGCCAUCUGUCUCUUCAUCGGCAUUGUGUGCAAGGACAGCGGCGUCGCCAAUCUGAUUGGCAGCCUGGUGAUGCUGUUCAGCCUGCUUUUCGCUGGUCUGCUCCUUAACCACAACGCCAUCCCCGACGCUGCCGUGUGGUUGCAAAACCUCUCCAUCUUCCACUAUGCCUUUGAGUGCCUCAUCGUCAACGAAGUCCUGGAGCUCACUCUGGUGGACAAGAAAUACGGGCUCGACAUUACCGUGCCAGGUGCGGCCAUUUUGAGCUCCUUCGGCUUCAACAACAGCGCUCUCGGCUCUGACCUAAUCAACUUGGGCAUCGUCGGCAUUCUGUUCACCAUUCUCGCUUAUGGUGCGAUGCACAUACUGUUGGUUGAGAAGAGAUGA